ACUCAUUUUCCUAUUAGUUUACUUCAAUAUUCCGUUAGUUUCCAUUUUCACUAACUUCCUUUCACCGGAAAAAACAUCGCCGGAAUCCAGAUCUCCGUCCACCGUGAUAUUUGUCGACGAUUUACAUCGCCAAUUCCAGACAGAAAUGUACAAUAAUUUGGGAGCACAGCAACCUGGUGGGGUGCCAAGGCCGCCGGUGAAUCCACAGCCGAAUCCGUUUGGCAAUUCAUUUUAUGGAGCUGGUUCUGGUCUAAUUAGAGGUGGACUUGGUGCUUACGGAGAGAAAAUUCUCGGAUCAAGUUCCGAAUAUGUGCAAAGCAAUAUAAGCAGAUACUUUUCUGAUCCCCAGUACUAUUUUCAAGUGAAUGACCAAUAUGUGAGAAACAAGUUGAAGGUUGUUCUUUUCCCAUUCUUGCACAGGGGUCACUGGACACGGAUAACUGAGCCAGUAGGGGGAAGGCUUUCUUACAAACCCCCUAUUUAUGAUAUAAAUGCACCAGAUUUAUAUAUUCCAUUUAUGGCUUUUGGCACAUAUGUUGUGCUUGCCGGCUUAUCAUUAGGACUUAAUGGAAAGUUUAGCCCAGAAAAUCUGAAUUGGCUGUUCGUGAAAGGGUUACUUGGCUGGUUUAUGCAAGUUGCAUUGCUCAAAGUAACUCUGCUUUCGUUGGGUAGCGCAGAGGCACCCUUGUUAGAUAUUGUGGCAUAUGCUGGUUAUACUUUCACCGGAAUGUGUAUUGCGGUUCUUGGGAAGAUUUUUGUCAAGUAUUCUUACUACUUUUUGAUGCCUUGGGCCUGCUUAUGCAUGGGAGUUUUCUUGGUAAAGACGAUGAAAAGGGUCUUAUUUGCAGAGGUAAGGAGUUAUGAUUCGAGCAAGCAUCAUUACCUCUUGCUGUUCAUCGCUUUGGCUCAGUUCCCACUUUUCACAUGGCUUGGAAACAUUACUGUUAAUUGGCUUUUCUAAAGUGAAUUGCUUUUGUUUUGUAGUAAGAAACAAUCAUAUGUUUGUAGAGCUUUCACAUUUUUAUAGAAAAUUUUCUGUUGUAGUUA